AUGGCCUUUUAUCCCGCCGCGCGACAUCGCCCGCACCGCAGCAUCCACGACCCGGCGGUGCGGCCCCUGCGCCUGACCGUCAUCAAGGCCGCCACCAUCAACCUGCUCAUCCUGCAGCUGCUCUUCCUGGGCCUAUUCUGUUACCUAUUUGGGUCCAUCUUCCAGCAAACCACACAUAUCCACAACCUCAAUGUCGUCUUCGUGGACUACGACGGUGGAGCAAUCGGUCAGGCCAUCCGCGCCGCCUACCAACAGCUACAAGGGUCCGGCUUUCCAACCCUCCAGGAGCAAUCCCCAGACGCAUAUCCCAGUCCCAGCUCCAUCAUCUCCUCUGUCUGCAACAUCCACUACUGGGGAGGUCUCUACACUUCCCCCAAUGCCUCCAGCCGCUUAUCCGCCACACUCACCGGCGGCACUGCCGCCACCAGCUACAACCCAAGCGACAUCCUCACCCUAGUAUGGAACGAAGCCCGUUAUCCCACAGUCAUCGACUCAAGCAUCCAAUCCACCCUGCAAUCCCUCUCCAACGCAGCCCGCAUCGCCUACACUCAAUCCAACGGUCUCCAGAUCCUCGACACCAUGAACCGCACCGACACCGCCGCCAUCUCCGCCCUGACCAACCCCUGGACCCUAUCCUCCAUCAACCUCCAACCCACCACCCAAGGCUCCCGACUCAUCUACAACACUCUAGUGAUCAUCCUGAUCUUAAUCCAAGAAUUCUUCUACCUCGGCUACCUCAACGGCCUAUACCAGCAAUUCCAACUCUAUGUCGCCGUCGACGCCCACCGCAUCGCCAUCGCCCGCCAACUCCUCUCAGUCACAUACACCUUUAUCGGGUCCCUCUGCACCACCGGCGCCAUCUGGGCUUUCAGGCAUGGCUGGCACGUCAGUGGAGGGCAGUACAUGCUCACUUGGAUGACAUUGUGGCUGUUCGCUCAUCUCAAUUUCCUAGUUCUAGACAUGUUUACCAUUUGGCUUCCCCCGCCGGUGGUACCCAUGGCGUUGAUAUCAUGGGUGGUGUUGAAUGUCACUUCGAUUCUGUUACCGUUUGAAUUAUCUCCCGGUUUCUAUCAAUGGGGAUACGCUCUCCCCGCGCAUAGUGUGUUUCAAAUCAUGGUGGAUAUCUGGUCCGGGGGAUGUAAUCCGCAGUUGGAGUACGCGUUGCCGGUGUUGUUUGCGUAUGAGGUGGUGGGGUUGGUGGUGAGUACGGUGGGGGUGUAUCGGAGGGCGCAUUAUGCCGUGUUGGCGCAGGAAGCGAAGGCGGAGAAGGAGGGACUGGCUGUUGCUGGUGAGGGAGAGGGAGAGGGAGAGAAGAGGUCUGAGGAGACACCAGAAGCGUCUGGAGAGGGAACAGCCGCGGAAUCAGACGAACUGCAACGCCAGGAGACAGACACAGAAGCUCUGGGCGACCGCAUCAAACAGGAAAUGUCACGGCUGGAAAGGGCCACGACUAGUCGACAGAGCAUGGGGCCGGCUUUUGAUUUGCCGUAUACUGAGUAAAUCACCCAACCUUAUAUC